UCCUAAGUUACAAAUUCAAUCAAGAACAAAGUAGUAAACUUCCAGCUUUCCAAAUCAACACAGAAAAUUUUAACAACACGGACACAACACAAAAUACCGUUUUAAAAGCUGACCCCAUUAUUGACUUGCUUUCUUUUUCCUUUAUAAACACUCAUUUUCUCUGUUUUCUCACAAACAACAACAAUUAAUCACAAAAAAGAACUAAAACAUUCAAAAGAACUAGACUUUACAUCGUCACAACUACAAAAACUUAAAAAAUGUCAGUAGUAGUAUCAAAUUCCCCUGUUUUUUCACCAUCACAACAUAAAUCAUUCUUUACAUCAUCAUCUCUGUCUCCUAGAUCAAGGAUUUCUCCUCCUUUGAACCCAUUUAAGCAGAAUAUUAUUGGAGAUGGGCCUUCAAUAUGUGGAUCUUCACCUACAACUAUUUUGAAGAGGAAAAGGCCUGCAAGAUUGGAUAUACCCAUUAUGAAUACGGGUUUUGGUGGCCCAAGUACUCCAAGAACUGUGAAGGAUGCUCUAGUGGAAGAUGAAAGGGAUGGGUUUUACUCUGUUUGUUGUAAGAAAGGAAGAAGAGCUGUUAUGGAAGAUCAAUUUUCUGCUGUGCUUGAUAUUCAGGGUGAUUCCAAACAGGCUUUCUUUGGUGUUUUUGAUGGGCAUGGAGGAGUAAAAGCAGCAGAAUUUGCAGCAAAAAACCUGAAUAAAAACAUUAUGGCUGAAUUUGCAACGAACGAUGAGAAAAGUUUGGAGGAGGCAGUAAAACAAGGCUACUUGAAAACUGAUUCUGACUUCUUAGAAGAAGAAUUGCACGGUGGUUCUUGUUGUGUUACAGCAGUGAUCAGUAAAGGUGACCUUAUUGUAUCUAAUGCUGGUGAUUGUCGUGCUGUUUUAAGCCGCGGUGGUGUGGCUGAGGCACUCACAACUGAUCAUAGACCUUCGAGGCAAGACGAGAAGGACAGAAUUGAAGCCUUGGGUGGAUACAUUGAUUGUUACAAUGGUGUAUGGAGAAUCCAAGGAUCACUUGCUGUGUCUAGAGGAAUCGGAGACAAGCAACUCAAACAAUGGGUGAUAGCUGAACCCGAAACAAGGAUUCUCAAGAUCAAAACCGAUGAUGAGUUCUUGAUCCUAGCAUCAGACGGUUUAUGGGAAAAGGUUACUAAUCAGGAAGCUGUAGAUAUUGCCCGGCCAUUGUGCACAGGAACGAACAACCCUCAGCCACUAAUUGCGUGUAAGAAACUGGUAGAUUUGUCUGCUACGCGAGGCUCGCUUGAUGAUGUUAGUGUGAUGGUGAUCCAAUUGCCGCAUUAUAUGAAAUAGCUCUCUUCACUCCAGCGAAUUCUGAUGGUAUUAGAUUAGUGAAGGGAUUUGUAAUUCGUUUUCAUAAUACAUACUUACAUAGACAACAAUAAGUAGAGAUUGUUAGAUAGGCGAUUCUUUAUUGAUCUAAUCAAUUCUUUUGAGGGGUUAUUUGUGCCUCUUCAUAGGUAGCAAUAAGUUUAGAACACAGUUAGAAGUAUUUUUUCCUCCUGGAUAUUAAUGACCUAAUUCAUUGUUAGUAAUCUUAAGAAACACAUACAUUCUUUUGACAGAGCAUACUAUGGUCGAUCCUGUUUCAUUGAUCUCUUAUAUAUAAUUUUUUCCUCCCAUCAUCUCUUA